UUGCGAUACGCGUCAUACACGAUCAUAAUCAUAACAUUCAUAUCACUACGUCGAAAACGUAGAAAAUGAAUAUAUUACGAUUGUUGCCUCGUAAAGGCAACUUACUAUUGUGCCAAAUUCGAUACUUAUCCUGUUGGUCAUGCGGGCAAGACAUAAAACAGCUAGUGGAAAAUUUGUUUUGCUCAAAUUGUAAAUCGCUUCAACAGCCUACGAAAGAAAACUACUUCAAGAUUUUGGGAGUCUCUGAAACGUAUGAUCAAAAUGAAAAUGAACUGGCCAAGAGGUUCAAAGAGCUACAGAAAUAUUUGCAUCCAGAUAAAUUCGCCAACAAAGCAAAAGAGGAGCAAGAGAUAUCAGAAAAAUACUCCUCAUUAGUUAAUGAAUCAUACAGCACACUUCUGAAUCCACUGACAAGAGGUAUCUACAUGUUACGGCUCAGUGGAAAAGAAAUACUGGAAGAGACCGAAGUAAAAGACCAAGCGUUCCUCAUGAUGAUCAUGGAAAAGAACGAAGAAGUAGAAAACGCUGAGACGGAGGAAGAAAUAAUGAAACUCAACAAGGAGAAUAAAGAACUGAUGAACAAAUUGCAAAAACAAGUCUCGCAGGCGUUCCAUGAUGGCGAUUUAAAAUUGGUUGUUAAACUUUUGAGUCAAAUGAAAUAUUAUACUAGUAUAGACCAGCAAAUACAGAAUUUAAUUAGAAGUAAAGGGAUUAUUAGAUGAAUCUAACUUAAUCUGGUAAAGUCACAUAUUUAAUUCUCUCAUCAAUUUGAGAUAAAUGUUAGAAAUAUAAAUAUUUAAAUUAUUUAUUUAUAAAUAAUACGCCGCAAUGUCAAAAAACUAAACUAUGUACCUAUCCAUAACUUUGUAAGUAAAGUCAGUUCCAUAAAAUGGGUACCACUUUUCUACACCGGUAAUUAUGGCUACCUACUUUGCUUUGGUACUUAAGUAGAGCAACAUAUUGCAAAAUGAAAAAUAAUAUCUCUGAGAAAGUUCAUAUGUUUUCACAAAUAACUAUUAAUAUGUAUUAAAUAUUUUUAGGUCUUUGAAACUGUUA